ACACUUGAUCACUCUUUCACAUGAACCGGGAGCAGACCCUCGGCCGCUGAUCACCUCCGGGAUGAACCACAGACCACCAGGGGUUCAUCAUAACAGUCGACCUGUGGGUUACACUGAUAGCCCCAGAGCUCGGAGCCGUGAUAACCUGCUGAUGUACGAUGACUUCGGAGAGGAAAACUGUUGCUCCGGACGAUGUCUCGGGUAAGACUCGAGUGUUUUUGUCUCCUGUGUGGUUUGUGUUCAAAUCGAAUAGGUCUUUUAGGAAAAUGAUACAGGUAACAAUUUAACUCCAUGUUUGUUCAUGAAAGUGAAAGUCUUGAAAUUCACUUCAGAUUUUUUUUAGUUAAACUUAAAGUUGAGUAUCCCAGCGUAGAGCUAUUACAUAAUCAAAAAUGGCACUAUGCUCUUAAAAUUUCACGUUUCAUUUCACAAAAAAAUGUCAGAGAAAAUGUAAAAAAUAUUUAUGGUUAUUAUACUAAUAUGCUAUAUGGCAAAAGAUGGAGAAUAAGACCUCCAAAAGUUACUUUCAAGCUAUAAUAGCUAGGAUUUGAGGGAGGUUCAAAUAAGAAUUUAACUUGAUCGAUGUUUUUAACAAGUAUAAGUUUAAGUUCCUUUGAAUUAUUUUACACUACACUCAUUUAAUUCUGACUCCAACAUUUCAACCUACUUUUUCUUGAUAUAUUUUUAGUGUAAUUGCAUUUUCUAUGUAACAAUGUGUAAAACCACGAUUGCUAUUCCAAAACCUUGAGACACAGUAUAAAAUAUUCAUAAAAACAGAUUUUAAGGGCUUAUAUAUUCUUGACAUGCUGAAAUUGAUUUUUUAAAAUUGUUUUCUGAAAAAUAAAGGUACACUUUAAUUGGAUGCCAGCCACAGGCAUCACAAAAAAAGUUGUGAGGGAAAGCAAAAUGCCAACAAAGUUGUUUAAAGUAAAAAAAAUACUUGGAGGAACUAAGUGGGUUAAAGCUGUGGUAAGGGACUUUUAUUUUGUGUCCUGUGUGGACAGAGUUGUACCUCUGACCUGUUUGCUAGUUCUUUCCUAUAUGUACACAGAGUUACUUUUAAAGACAAAUCUUGUCUUUCUUACUUGUAGUUGUCAAAUGUAUAAUUUACAAUCGCUGCUGUGAAAAAUGUUAAACUACUUUUUCUGCAGCAUGAAGAUGACCCCUCAGUCUGUCGUCCUGCCCCUCAUGAACUCUUUUAGAGACAAUUUAUAAGAAUGAUGAAAACCAGUCAUGCUCCUGGUGGUCUUGUUUGCUUUAGCAGGUCAAUAGAAGCUUCACUAUAAAUUUCAGUCUCAAUCAUAACCAGCCAAAAACUCUUUACAAGAGCUUUACUUUGCAACAUGACUGGGUAUAAAACGAUAUUCCAGAGAAACUGAAUCUCUUAAAAGUAAAGAUGGGAAGAGGUUUGUCAUUUUGUGAGGGACUGUGUGAAGAACUAGUUCAACAUUGUUGAACAAGACCAAAAACCUACACAACGGCCAUGACCUUCAGGCUCUUGAGUGGCACUAAACUAAAGCAGACAUGACUCUGUAGUACAAAUCACUGCAUGGGCUCAAAAUCACUCAUAUUCUGUGACUACAGCAUACUGUUUUAUCAAAAAUGCAAAAGUACCAUCAAAUAAAGAUGAUCCAUAAAUGCCAGAGACUUCUCUGGGCCUGAGCCUGUUAUAGACUGAGUGAAGUGGAAAACUGUACGGUGCUCUGACAAAUUGAAAGUUGACAAUAUUUUUGGAAAGUAUUCAAAUGAAAUGGUGCUGGGUUCAAAUUCAGUGAAGGGAGAGAUCAAGGUUGAGACAGGGACAAUUUAAGGUUAAGACAGUGAUGGUUCAAGGCUGAAGCUUGGAAAGAAGUGACAGAAAAGAGAGAAGGAGGAGAUAUAAAAGAAAUAAUAGAUUCCACUUACAUUUGGUCCUUCAUCAUUUCAUUCAAUCAUCUGAAUUUCAGAUACCUGGUGAGGAACAUGUAACCAGAAUGUGCUUUCAAAAAGACUGUGUGUGUGUAUUAAAUAACCACGUGGACGUUAUAUACUGUGUGUUUAUGUCUCUUGACUCUCUGGCAGCCACAGCAGCUCUGAGAGACAGCUCUUGGCUCCUCUCAGCACUGUUAAACGACGCCAGGCCCUGCGUGGUCCUGCCUACAUGUUCUCUGCUCCCUCAGUCAGCCUGUCAGAGGUUGAGCAACGUUUCCUGGAGGCUGCAGAGUACGGCAACAUACCAGAGGUGCGGCGCAUGCUGCUCCACGUGCCAAACUUGAACGUCAACGCUGUGGACUACAUGGGCCAGAACGCAUUGCAGCUGGCUGUGGCCAACGAACAUCUGGAGGUGACAGAGCUGCUGCUGGGGAGGGCAGAUUUGGCCAGAGUGGGUGAUGCCCUCCUGUUAGCCAUCAGUAAGAUUUGUUUACAUCAUCCUAAUAAAUGUCAGACAGGCUGUAGAGACUCACCUACCAACAGGAAGUACAUUAUGGGAGUUAGCAGUGAGCAUCAAUGAAGUUGAAAUGUGUGCAGAUACACAACUUCAAAAAUAACAAUCAAAGUAAAUCUCCCAUUACUGUGAUCAUUUUAGUGUUUGGUAUAAAAUGUCCUGUGAAAUUUGAAUUGAAACUUCUCCGAGGAUCUUUUGUGUUGACUUUGGUGCCCCCCACAGACAAAGCAGCACCACCUCUCAAAAAAUUCUCAAGGAUUUUACUUUGUAUGAGCAUUUACAACAAAACACUGUUGUAAACCUAAAACAAUAAUAAAAGAACUACAAAACAACAGAACCAGGAUUUUCACCAAGAACUGAUUAAGGAUUUCAGAGUAGGAUCAAACAACAUUAACAACAUGGCGUUUGUGUGUGUGUGUGUGUGUGUGUUAAUGUUUCGUAGGUAAAGGUUAUGUUCGAAUCACAGAGACCCUGUUGAGUCAUCCUGCAUUCAGAGAUGCGCAUCGUCUGACAACGAGCCCCGCUCAAGCUGAGAUGUUGGAUGACUUCUAUGCUUAUGAUGAGGAUGGAACAAGGUAAAACAGAUUAAGGGCUAAGGAAAAAAUGCACUCAAACCCUUCUGAUUUUCAUUUUGUUGUGACGUUUUUGCUUCAUUUUGGGAAAGAAUAGAUUAUGUAUAUUCAGACAUCAUAUAUGUCACUAAAUUUGCAGAUGUGACUAUUCUUUCAUGUCUAUUUGAAGCAGGGAGAAAAUUACUUGAGGAAAAAGUUGUGUGUUUUGAUUGCGGUCCAAGAUCCAAACAUUUUACCAAACUUUAUCAGACCACCUUGUAUUAAAUUUGGAAAUUGUUAUCAUUAUUUGGUUCCUCUGUAAAUUGUUUGCAGUCUCACUCGUGUUUAUUCGUACAUUCCCACAGGUUCUCUCACGAUGUUACUCCAUUAAUCCUCGCCGCUCACUGCCAGGAGUAUGAGAUCGUUCACACCCUGCUGAGUAAAGGGGCUCGCAUCGAUCCUCCUCAUGAUUACUUCUGUGGCUGUGACUCCUGUAACUAUCAGCAGCAGUUUGACUCCUUUAGCCACUCCAGAUCUAGGAUCAACGCCUACAGAGGACUCGCCAGUCCUGCUUAUCUCUCCUUGUCCAAUGAGGAUCCGGUCCUGGCUGCUCUAGAGCUCAGCAAUGAACUAGCCAUGCUGGCUGAUAUUGAGAAAGAAUUCAAGGUAAAUGUGACCUAAAAUACUGGGGUCCAGAUGUGUCUUUUUGCUGUAACCCCAAACUCUAAAAACCCUGGUGUUGGGUGAAAAACAACUCAACAUGGGUUGUUUUUAACCCAUCACCAGGGUUGAAAAGGGACAGACUACUUAUUUGGUUAUUUUGACCCAAAAUGUUGGGUUAUUCAAAUUAACUCAAACUUUGGAUUGACUCAAUAACCCUUCUUAAGGGUCAAGUUAACCCAAUGUUUGAGUUAAUUUGACUCAUGAUCUUGGGUUACAUUGAUGUAUGCAUUUGGGGAGCUUUUCUUUUAAAACUUAUUUUCCCAUGUACUUUUAUCUAACUGAUUGUAGGCCAUAGCACUAAGGGCCUAUUAUUAACCCAUUCAAAAAACCCUCAAAUUGGGUUACAAUAGAAUCCAUAUGACCAAAGAAAUUGGUAUGGAUCCGAAAAAUAACCCAGAUAUUUAACUCAAUACGUAUAACCCAGGAAUCUGGUUGAAGAAAUAACCCGAGUUUUUACAGUAUCACUGACACUUCCUGUCAGUGAUACUGUACACAUGCCCUCUAUACCAGUCUAUUGUCAAAUACCCAAAGUACAAGUAUAUUAGCCAUGUUGCUUCCAGCCAGCCAGCGGUAAAAGCUGCCAGUAAACGAAGUACAUUUUAUGAGCUCUGGAAGAGGAAGCAGAGACAGAUAGGGUGCUAGAUCCUGGCGACACUGUUGAUAUUGAAGGUAGACACAUGUAUAACAACUAUAAUUAUCAUUAGACUUACAGCGGGGCUUACACUACCGCCACUGCACAAUAAAUCAAUAGGACUAUCUGAAUUCACUAGACACUGCAUACUUUGACACGACUAUUAGAGCCAAUAAGACUGGGAGGUUUGAUUUUGCACCAGUUCCGCUCACACUGCUUCUUUAAGUUAGUGGACUGCAGGCUUAUGGACACUUUUCUUCCCUGUGUCUGUAGCAUGAUUACUGCUGCUUGUCCAGCCAGUGUAAGGACUACGUGGUGGGACUUCUGGAUCUGUGUCGCAGCACCGAGGAAGUGGAGGCCAUACUGAGCGGGGAAACUGACGCUGAAGACUGCUAUGAUAUACCGGGUCGACCCUCUUUAACGCGACUUAAACUAGCCAUCAAGUAUGAGGUGAAAAAGGUGAGUAACCCUAUUUACUGCAUCAUUUUUUCAUCUCAUAUCUUGUAAUGAAGUUUUCAGUAAAGGCCUUGAGCUUCACCUUCGUCCUCAUUUCUCUGUCUGUGCUGCCUUUCAGUUUGUGGCUCAUCCAAACUGCCAGCAGCAGCUUCUGAGUAUCUGGUACGAGAACCUUCCUGGCCUGAGACAACAAACCACAGCGAUCAAGCUGCUGGUGGUGUUAGCCGUGGCUAUAGGUCUGCCUGGACUGUCUGUAGCUUACUGGAUUGCUCCAUGCAGCAGAGUGGGUAACGUUUAUCAUCACAUGACUUCUUACUCCCUACAUGACAUCUUCUCUCAACUCCCGGUUGCUUCAUCCCUCUUCUUCAGGUGGGGAAGGUGAUGCGUAGCCCCUUUAUGAAGUUUGUGGCCCAUGCGUCCUCCUUCACCAUCUUUCUGGGUCUUCUGAUCCUGAACGCUGCUGACCGUUUCGCAGGCACCACCUUAUUAGCAAACAUGACCCAUCUUGAGCACCCAGAGGGACUCCAACUCAACUCUGACCCUCUGCUGCUUUAUCGCAUGACCACCACGCCCUUCACCUGGAUGGAAAUCCUCAUCAUUUCAUGGGUCAUGGGUGAGCAUGUGGUGUCUACUUUUCUGCUUUAACAAUAAAAACACCAGGCCAUCUUGUGAGUGGCAUCUCCUUACUUGUCCUGUUGUAGGUAUGAUCUGGGCUGAGGUGAAGGAGAUCUGGAGCCAGGGUCCGGGCGAGUACCUGCUCGAACCGUGGAACUUUCUGGACUUCGGGAUGCUGGCGAUCUUCCUCGCCUCCUUCAGCUGUCGCUUCUCUACCCUGAGACACGCUAACUUGGCCCAGACCCUCGUACAUGAGCGCUACAAAACACUGAUUAAUGUCACACUGCCCCCAGAGUUACACUAUUUCACACUGGGUAAGAACAGACACACAACAACAGACGUACACACAGACUCCACACUUUAAAAAGUGUUUAAGAAAUAUUUACUCCACGUAUAAACAAGUGUGGUGAGUUAAGGCGGUACUCUGCAGCUGAGAUCAGGCCUGUUGGCUUUGGACAGACUCAUAGUAGCCAAACAGCAGGAGUCUGGGUCUGAUUAUUUUCAGAGAAAACAGACCGUAUAAAGGCACUUAUAGGAUACACAGGACAUUUUGACCUGUGCCCUUCAAAAUACAGAGGCUGCUUGCAACGUAUUAGUCCCAAAUGUUACUUUUGGUCUAUCUGUGAAUCACUUCAGACAAGAAUAAGUAAAGUAUGCAAACAUUUCCCUAAGAUUACAGUAACAUAAUCAUGAUUUUCAGUUGUCCUGUCUCUAUAAUCUUCUCGGUAGCUCGUAUCAACUGGCUGCCAUCGGAUCCUCAGCUGGUGUCGGAGGGCCUGUAUGCCGUCGCCGUGGUGCUCAGCUUCUCUCGCAUCGCUUACAUCCUCCCUGCCAAUGAGAGCUUUGGUCCUCUGCAGAUCUCUUUAGGGAGGACCGUGAAAGACAUCUUUAAGUUCAUGGUCAUCUUCAUCCUGGUGUUUCUGGCCUUUAUGAUCGGCAUGUUCAACCUGUACUCUUAUUACCUGGGGGCCAAACAGAACGAUGCCUUUACAACGUGAGACAUUUACUCAACACCUGCAUCCACUCUCACAUGUAGAAUAUCUACUUUUUAUUUCUGGUUAGAAUCUACUAUAGAAAAUCUAUAGAGAAUCUCUAGUUUCCAUAAAGUGAUGGUCAAAAGAAACACUUUGUGCUGUACGAAACAUGAUCAUUUAUUAAGGAUUUUUAACAUCUUUGUGGUGAUGAUUCAUAAUUUGUUUGAACUGAAAAAAUAACUCUCUCUUUCAUUUCCUUCCCUGUUUCCUUCCAGCCUAGAGGAGAGCUUCAAGACCCUGUUCUGGGCUAUCUUUGGACUGUCUGAGGUCAGGUCUGUUGUCAUCAAUAACGGACACAAAUUCAUUGAGAACAUCGGCUACGUGCUAUAUGGGGUCUACAACGUUACCAUGGUGAUCGUGCUGCUCAACAUGCUCAUUGCCAUGAUCAACAGCUCCUUCCAGGAGAUUGAGGUGAAUCAACCUGUGCUCCAGAUUCAAGCUCACAACUUAAGACUCCUGAGAAAACCUUUCCUUCUGUGCAUGAAAUGAAACGAACAAGAUGACCAAAUAAACAAACAUCCCAGGGAGCGACAAUCAAACAGUACUGACCUGUAUUUUUGCAUAUUAGGACAUGUUUGAUCCAAUCACAUCUAUUCUGGUGUGAAAUACAAUAAAACUUUGUCAAAAGAUGAUAAGUUGAUAAUUUAGUUGGCAUGAACUGUGAAGAUAAGAAAAAAUAAUUCAUGAUUCAUCUACAGAAAAAACACUAACAUUGUUUUAACAUUAUUUUCUAUUUCUGUAAGUCAGAUAGGGAAUACUUUAAAAAUAAAAUAAGGAGAAAUAAUUGGACAUUUUGGGAAGACCUGACUGACUAGAUUAGAUAAAAAAAGAACAAAAAUUAGCAGCGAGGAGCGAUUUAUUAUAAAUAAAUAAAUCAGCAAAAUUUAUUCUACAAUUAAAAGCCUUAUGUGCUACCAAAUUUGGCCAACCAUACAAAACAGUGUGAAAAUGAGCUGAGCUAGAACGGUGAGGUGCCAAACCAAGACACUAAUGAGGUGAUCACCCCUUUAAACCCACAGCUUGUUUUAUUUCUUACUUAUGUUGAUAUGAACUAAAGUGAAUGAUAAAAUAACCAGCUCCCUACCUCACAGAGCGGGUCCAUGAUUAAAGGUUCUGCUGUGUGCUUUGGUCUUCAUGUACUGCUGUUUACAACUACACUGUUUGCAUACAGAGUAACAUCAGCCCCUUUUGUUAUACAUUAGCAAGAAAAUCUACAAGCUCCUUGCCCAUAAUGUCUAUUAAUUUCAGAUCAUUAUGGUUUGAUUGUGCUUGUAUGUCAAACUCUACUGUAACUUGUUGCUGGUGCUGCGAUUGUCCUUCCUCUUCAGUUUAUUUCCCUCAUUUUUAUCUUUUUGUCAGGAUGAUGCUGAUGUUGAGUGGAAGUUCGCCCGAGCCAAACUCUGGUUCUCUUACUUUGAAGAGGGAAGGACGCUGCCUGUGCCUUUUAACAUAGUCCCAAGUCCAAAAUCCAUGCUGGGAUUGGCCAUGGGCAUCAAAUCUCUGCUUCUGCGCAUUGUGGAAGGACGCACCGAGAAGAAAACAGAGACGCAGCUCAAUCAGGUAUGAUCUAACGUUAACUUCAUGACUCUGCUAGAGCUAGAGCACCUCCAAGUGGUUUUAUUGCUUCACCACAAGCCAAAACUCAGACCUGAGGAUAAGUUUGACCUGUGAAGUGUCUCAAUGCUGCUUGAUUACAACUAACUGAGUUUAAUUUUACAGCUUGGAGAAAGCAAAAACUCAGGAUUUGUUGCUUCUACCAGCCCAACAAGGUAUCAGGUAAGCAUUUUGUGGUGUAUUACUUCUUAUCCUCGGCCAAACCACUUCUUAUUUAUGACUGUAGUAGCUUCUUAAUUGAUUAAGACGGUGCAUGACAGAUUUUCCCGAUGAAGUUAUAGCUGCACACACUCCUAGCAGAGUAUUUCUGAGUUUUACUCUGAAAGUAAAACAUUAAAUUAGAAAACCCUUUUUUCCAUUGAAAUAUUGUCAUCUCUUAUAACAAGCAGAGUAAUUUUUCUUCUUUUUGCAGAAAAUCAUGAAAAGAUUGAUAAAGCGAUAUAUCAUCAAAGCCCAGGCAGACAGAGAGAGUGACGAGAUCACAGAAGGUACAAUCAACAGAGAUAUAUUUCACUUGUUUUGACUGAAAUUUUCAUUUUAGCAUUCAAUUUUUUUUUGUCUUGUCUGUGUCUCUUCAGGUGAACUUAAGGAGAUCAAACAGGAUAUCUCCAGUCUGCGGUACGAGCUGCUGGAAGAGAAAUCACAGAAUAUGGAGACAAUGGAUGGACUCCUGAGGAGGCUGGGAGAAAUCAGUACAACUGCAGAUUAGCACCACGAGUCACCCUCACAUGUAGAUAAAACUGUACAGCUCUGUACCUGUGGUCCACUGAUGUGGAUGCAGUAUAAAAACACUGAUAUGAUAUUAAAAUUAUUCUCUGAUUGCA